AUGCAAGCGCGACUGUUAACCAAAUCUACGAAAAUUGGAAAUAAAGUCCUGCCACGCGGUACUGGCGUUAUGAUAAUUGCGUCAAUGAUUCAUCGAGACAUACGAUAUUGGCCAGACCCAGAAAUAUUCAAACCUGAACGAUUCUUCGACAGUGAAUCCAGACAUCCGUUUGCAUACAUUCCUUUUUCUGCUGGACCCAGGAAUUGCAUCGGACAGCGAUUCGCACUUAUGGAAGAAAAGUGCAUUCUGGCAUUGCUGAUGCGGAAUUUGAAAGUGAAAUCGAAAUUGCGCACCGAUCAGAUGCGUGUGUCCGCUGAACUUGUGAUUCGACCAUUGUUUGGCAAUAACAUACGAUUUGAACCGCGAAAAUUCGGGGAUUAUGUGCAAAUUGAAUAG